CACGUGAUCACGUGACGAAGUGCUAGAAAUGCCUCCAGCUUCUGCCUUAUUUCUCGUCGUAGCAUCUCUAACUUGUUGUUUUUCGUUACCGGUUAUUAUCGACACCGACAUUGGAACUGACUUCGACGACAGUGUGGCUCUAGCGUUUGCAAUACAGUCAACAGACUUGGAUGUCCGUCUUGUCGUUAGUGCUACUGGAGACACACGUGCUCGUGCACGGGUCGUCACCAAAUAUCUAACGGCAUACGGGCGAGACGACAUCCCCAUCGGCAUUGGGGUUCCCGACAACAAAACGGCGGCCGGAUCCUUGUACGGUUGGGCAGCAGAUUUCAACCUUAGCAACUACAAGGGAACCGUAUAUUCCGAUGGUGUAGAUAAAAUGGCAUCAAUUAUAAAAGAAAGUAAUCAGACUGUAUUGAUUAUUGCUAUUGCUCCCGCCACAAACUUUCCAUCAUUGCUGCAGCGCUUUCCUGAAGUCGCAAAUCGAAUUGAGGUGAAAGCAAUGAGUGGUAGUAUAAACCAUGGUUAUGCUAACUCUUCUCAUCCUGCUGCUGAGUAUAAUGUGCAGCACUGCCCUACAUGUUCUUCUGUGAUGUACAAGGCGUCCUGGAAUUUGACGAUAACUCCAUUAGAUACAUGUGGUGUCGUUACACUGAGUGGUAGCUCUUGGGAUUGUUUGCUCAAUGGCACAAAUGGAGUGGCGCCCGUGUUGAUGGAAAGCUGGAUAUACUGGUGUUUGCAUUCUGGUUCUGGUUCGUGUUCUGUUACUCCUGGCUCGCAUACUGAUGUCUUCUAUGAUCCUGUGGCUGUUCUACUUUGUUUGCCGUUGUCAUUAGACCUGAUGGACUUUAAAGUAUUGAAAAUUAGAAUCACUGAGGAUGGGCAUACAGUUAUUGAUAACAACGAAGGAUCUUCUACAUUGGUGGCUAUAUCGUGGAAAGGCAAUGGUUUAGAUGACUUUGAUCAGUUUCUUGCUACAACAAUAGCCAUCGAUAGUUCAAGUUAGUGUCAAACACCAAUUUUCUGCUACACUGUACACACAUGGACUUGCCAGUAAGGAACCAGUUUUAUUUUUAUGGCUUUAUGUUUUAUCUUUUUCUAGUGGGCUUGCAUAACCCACAGCAAAUUCGACAUUCCUGUUUUCGAUUUUAUAGGGAAGCGUGUUGGAAAUGUAAGCUAAUAACUGAUAUGCUGUGACUAGUUGGUGUAUUGUCUUGUUGAAUAACUGUCUGAGUCACAAGCACCAGUCAUACACUGACACAAUCAUCAGAAAGGCAAAAGCAAAUCAGUAUUACGGUAUACCAGUGGGCAUAAGAGAUAAUUGCUAUCCUUCAGUUUUGAUACUUAGAACAUUCAUAUGCAGUAUACUAGUUCUCAAAAUGAAAUUUCAAUCUGCGUGUGUAUGCACAACUCCUU